UUCAUUCAGGUGGGUUCGUUUGGUCCCCUUGGUCGAGAGUCUUCCGUGACUAGAAUCAGUAACUUUCACCUUUUCCUUACUACAGAGCGACAACAAACACCUCAACAUGUGUUGCCCGGCAAAGAAAGCAGAAAUGCUAGAACUCCUCUCCGUUUUGGACAAAAAUAAUGACAAAAAAGUCAGUGUGGACGAGCUGAAAGAAUUCCUUGAACAAGGACGAGGGACCACAUUGGAUAAGGACAUCGUCCAGAAAUUUAUUGACAAACACGACAAGGAUAAGGAUGGGAAGUUGGACCUCGAAGAGCUGGCCGAAUGCUUAGCGUGUGCCUAAGCAUGACCUUGAUUUCCCCAUUGUUAUUGUAUGUGAGUUGAUUAUGUUGGUUUGUGGCACACUUUGUUUUUCCUACUCGGCUAUUUUGGAUAACGCCAUGAAGGAAGACUGCUUUGAACUUUGCAUUUCUUGACUUCUAAAUAUAAUCGCGAACUGGCUGU